UGAGACAGUAGGAGAAAGAUGUCUCCGCAGCAGUUCGAGUUCCAUCUACCCUUGUCCCCAGAGGAACUGUUGAAAAAUGGCGGGGCGAAUCAGUAUGUUGUGCAGGAAGUCCUGUCCGUCAAACAUCUUCGCGAAGAACUUAGAGCAUUUCAGGCUGCUUUCCGAGCUCAGGGACCCCUGGCUAUGCUGGAGCAUUUUGAUACCAUCUACAGCAUUCUACAUCACUUUCGAAGUCUAGAUCCUGACCUCAAGGAAGAUGCGCUGGAGUUCCUGAUCAAAGUGGUGAACUGCCACUCCCAGCAACUCCCAACUAUCCUGGACGAUGCCACUUUGAGUGCGUCAGAUAGAAGUGCCCACCUCAACGCCCUCAAAAUGAACUGCUAUGCCCUGAUCCGCCUCUUGGAAUCCUUUGAGACCAUGGCCAGCCAGAACAAGCUCAUCGACCUAGACGUGGGGAAGGGUAAGAAAGGCAGGGCCAAGGCGGCCCAGGGCUUUGACUGGGAAGAAGAGAGGCAGCCAAUUCUUCAGCUUUUAACCCAGCUGCUCCAACUGGACAUUCGUCACCUAUGGAACCAUUCGAUAGUCGAGGAGGAAUUUGUCAGCUUGGUGACCGGCUGCUGCUACCGCCUCCUGGAGAACCCCACCAUCGGCCACCAGAAGAACCGCCCCACGCGGGAGGCCAUCGCCCACCUGCUGGGCGUGGCGCUGACUCGCUAUAACCACAUGCUCAGUGCCACCGUGAAGAUCAUCCAGAUGCUGCAGCACUAUGAACAUCUGGCCCCCGUGCUGGUGGCAGCUGUGAGUCUCUGGGUGGAGGACUUCGGAAUGAAGAGCAUAGUGGGAGAGAUUAUAAGAGAGAUUGGACAGAAGAGUCCCCAGGAGCUGAGUCGGGACCCUUCUGGGGCCAAGGGCUUCGCAGCUUUCCUGACGGAAUUAGCAGAACGCGUCCCCGCUAUCCUGAUGUCCAGCAUGUGUGUUUUGCUAGAUCAUCUGGAUGGAGAGAAUUACAUGAUGCGCAACGCUGUGCUGGCUGGCAUGGCAGAGAUGGUGCUGCAGGUCCUGAACGGUGACCAGCUGGAGGAAGCAGCCCGCAACACCAGAGACCAGUUCUUGGACACCUUGCAGGCACAUAUCCACGACGUCUACUCCUUUGUGCGAAGCAAAGUGUUGCAGCUCUUCACCCGAAUAGUCCAGCAGAAGGCUCUCCCCCUGACACGCUUCCAGACAGUCGUGGCCUUGGCUGUGGGACGUCUGUCAGACAAAUCCGUGCUGGUCUGCAAGAAUGCCAUCCAGCUGCUGGCCACGUUCCUCGCCAAUAACCCCUUCUCUUGCAAGCUUAGUGAUGCCGACCUUGCCGGCCCCCUGCAGAAGGAAACCCAGAAGUUACAGGAGCUCAGGGCCCGGCGGCGAGCCGCAGCUCCCACCGCAGCGCUGGAUCCCGAGGAGGAGUGGGAGGCCAUGCUGCCCGAGCUGAGGUCCACUCUGCAGCAGCAGCUCCAGGAGGACCAGGCACCCAGGGAAAUGGCCAGCACAGAGACCGCGGAGGAGGUGGAGGGACGCAUCCGGCACUUGCUUGCCAGAGCCAGUUACAAGCAGGCCAUCGCGCUCAGCCGAGACGCCUCGAGCCACUUCCGGAAGUCGGCGCCCUUCAGUCUCAUGGACCCGGAGGCCACAGAGGAGACCCAGCUCCUGACUCUCCUGGAGACUAUCUUCAAAGGCCCGGCAGCGUCCUCGCCGGAGAAGAGUGCCCAGGAGUCUGCCAGGACCGGGAGCCCUGGACAAACCGACAGUGCCGACAAGGCCCCUGUGUCGGAGCCUGAGAAAUCCGAGGAAGACAAUGAAUUGGUGAAGCAGGAGCUGCUGGUGCAGUACCUGCAGGACGCCUACAGCUUCUCCCUGAAGAUCACCCAGGCCAUCGACAUCAUCAGUAAGAUGAUGUAUGAGAACACAGCCACAGUGGUCCAGGAGGUGAUUGAAUUCUUCGUGACGGUGUCCCAGUUUGGGUUGCCCCAGGCCCUGUUGGGGGUCCGUCGCAUGCUGCCCCUGAUCUGGUCCAAGGAGCCCGGUGUCCGGGAAGCUGUGCUCAACGCUUACCGCCAGCUGUACCUCAGCCCCCAGGGGGAUUCGGCCAGAGCCAAGGCCCAGACUUUGAUUCAGAACCUCUCGCUGCUGCUAGUGGAUGCCUCAGUUGGGACUGUUCAGUGUCUCGAGGAAAUCCUGUGUGAGUUCGUGCAGAAGGAGGAGCUGAAACCCGCAGUGACCCACCUGCUGUGGGAGCGGGCCACGGAGAAGGUGCCCUGCUCCGCCCUGGAGCGCUGCUGCUCCGUCACGCUGCUCGGGAUGCUGGCACGAGGAAAACCGGAAAUCGUGGGAAGCAACUUGGAUACGCUGGUGAGCAUCGGUCUGGAGGGAAAGACCUCACCGGACUACAGGCUGGCACAGCAGGUGUGCCAGGCCAUCACCAACAUCUCCGACAGGAGAAAGCCUUCCCAGGGCAUCCGCCAGCCCCCCUUCCGGCUGCCCCAGGAGCACCUGCUAUUCCAGCGGCUGCGGGAGACGGUCGGCAGAGGCUUCACAAUCCCAGACCCCUUCUGGAUCCCAUUCAAAGAGGUGGCGGUGAGCCUCGUGUACCAGCUGGCAGAGGGCCCCGAGGUCAUCUGUGCCCAGAUGCUGCAGGACUGUGCAAAGCAGGCGCUGGCAGAGCUGGAGCGGGAGACCCCCGCCCAGGGGGACACCAAGGAGCCCCCCAAGCUCCCCACCUUCCUGCUGAUGAACCUACUGUCGCUGGCCGGGGACGUGGCCCUGCAGCAGGUGGUCCACCUGGAGCAGGCCGUGAGCGGCGAGCUAUGCCGGCGCCGCGUGCUCCGGGAGGAGCAGGAGAACAAGACCAAAGAGCCCAAGGACAAGAACACAAGCUCUGAGACCACCAUGGAGGAGGAGAUGGGGCUGGUCGGGGCCACCGCCGACGACACCGAGGCCGAACUCAUCCGGGGCAUCUGUGAGAUGGAACUGUUAGAUGGGAAGCAGAUCUUGGCUGCCUUCGUUCCGCUCCUGCUCAAAGUCUGCAACAACCCGGGCCUGUACAGCAGCCCCGAGCUCUGUGCGGCCUCGGUGCUCGCCCUGGGCAAGUUCUGCAUGAUCAGCGCCACUUUCUGUGACUCGCAGCUCCGCCUUCUGUUCACCAUGCUCGAGAAGUCCUCGCUCCCCACCGUCCGCUCCAACCUCAUGAUUGCCGCUGGGGACCUGGCCAUCCGCUUCCCCAACCUGGUGGACCCCUGGACCCCUCACCUGUAUGCGCGCCUCCGGGACCCCGCGCAGCAGGUCCGGAAGACAGCGGUGCUGGUGAUGACGCACCUGAUCCUCAAGGACAUGGUGAAGGUGAAGGGGCAAGUGAGCGAGAUGGCCGUGCUGCUCAUCGACCCCGUUCCGCAGAUCGCCGCGCUGGCCAAGAACUUCUUCAACGAGCUGUCGCACAAGGGCAACGCCAUCUACAACCUGCUUCCCGACAUCAUCAGCCGCCUGUCAGCCCCCGAGUGCGGCGUGGAGGAAGACCCUUUCCACACCAUCAUGAAGCAACUGCUCUCCUACAUCACCAAGGACAAGCAAACGGAGAGUCUGGUGGAGAAACUGUGUCAGCGCUUCCGCACAGCCCGAACCGAGCGGCAGUACCGGGACUUGGCCUACUGUGUGUCCCAGCUGCCGCUGACCGAGCGAUGCCUCCGCAAGAUGUUGGACCACUUCAAUUGCUUCGGCGACAAGCUGACGGAUGAGUCUGUCUUUGGUGCCUUCCAGUCCAUUGUGGGCAAACUGCGGCGCGGCGCCAAGCCUGAGGCCAAGGUGCUGAUAGAGGAAUUCGAGCAGAAGCUGCAGGCUUGCCACACCCGGGGCCUGGAGGCCAUGGAGGAGUGCAACAUUGGCCAAGGGGACAGCCAGAAAACCCCGUCAGCCAAGAGACAGCCGGCUGUCUCCAGGCACCCACGUCAGGCCUCGACCGUCGCCAACGGCGACUUUGUCACCCCUGAGCCUCGCCGCACCACCCGCCAGCACUCCCAGCAGCGGGUCACUGGGAAGAAGAAGAAACCCCCAGUGGUCUUCUCGAGCGAUGAGUCCAGCGAGGAAGAGCUCUCCGCAGAGAUGACAGAGGAUGAGACGCCCAAGAAGACCACGCCCAUCCGCCGCACGUCCUCCCGCCGCAGGCCCAGACCCUAGCGCCACUGGCCUCGUCCCCCUCCCUGCUGGGCAGGGCCCUGGUGGGACAGCCCGGACGCAGCCCCUUGUAAAAUACUUGUUUGUCUGUCUUUGUGUUUUUGUCUUCGGAUUUUUAAGGCAUAACGAUCUUUAUAAUAUGAAGCG